GUAUUACCAAACAAAAAUGAAUUUAUUGGAUUCUUGGUUGGAUAAAUUGGAAAUUGAAAAUAGUAGUAGACAUAACAACAGAGAUUUCAUGGAACAUCGUCUCAAUUCAUGGUUAAACAAAAUAUUAGAUCAUUCUACAAUAAAUAAAAUUGUUUGCAUCACUUCCGGAGGUACCAUUGUUCCUUUAGAAACAAAUAUGGUUAGGUAUAUUGAUAACUUCAGUACAGGUUUAAGAGGUGCACUUUCUGCGGAAUAUUUCCUACGUUCAAAUUAUGCUGUAUUAUACUUUCAUCGUAAAGGUUCUUUACUACCAUUUUUACAUCGUAUAACCAAUCAACAACAAAAUUAUCACCGAGAAAAAGAAGAAGAACAGCAACAACAGCAAAAAUGUACGAAAGAGGUGGAUUCAAACAACUUAAUUAAUACUAAUAAUAAUAAUAGUAAUGGUAACCAAAAUAACAUAGGAAUAUUUAAUUGGUUCAUGUUUAAUCCACAGGAUAAUAAAUUACAAUUGAAAGAGAAUUCUUUACAGUUUCUAAGCUCAAUAUUCAAUGAAUAUACUAUGUAUGGUCAGUACUUAUUUACAUUAGAUUUUGAAACAAUAGAAGAUUAUUUAAUCGGUUUACGUUGGAUAGCUAAACAAUUAGAAGCGAUUCAUGUAAACAAAAACAGUACACAGAAAUCAAUUCAUCUAUCCUUUUAUUUAUCUGCUGCUGUCUCUGAUUAUUAUUUAAAUAGAGAAUAUCGUCCAGAGCACAAAAUACAAACAAAAUCAAUGUUAUCUACUACUACUACUGCUAAGAGUAGUGAUGAUUAUUUAGAUAAAUCUUUAUCAAGAAUAGAAGAUUUACAUUUAUCAUUACAACCAGUACCUAAAGUUAUGAAAUUACUCACUACAUUAUGGUCACCUUCUUCAUAUGUGAUUAGUUUUAAAGUAAGUUAAACAAUAGUAAGUGAUACAUUUUGAUUUUCCAGUUUGCCUAUAUUCACUAACCACAUUUACAAUGGAGUUACCUAGGUAAAGUCAACAGUUCAACUUCAUUCAAUUUAAGAUACAAUAAAACAAAUGAUUAAGUAAUUUUGCACUGAUUGCUUAUUUUAUCACCAAUAGUUUUCCAAUUCAAGCUGUUUUUUCCAUUUCUUUUGCUUUUGUUGCCCAUCACUGCUUACUAUCGUUCCUUAGACUUUUGGUUAAUCUAGAUCUGAUUUUUUUUUCGCCAUUCAUCAUCUUCUUUACUAUAGAACUGUCUUGACGUUCUUAUUGAGGAUUCUCACUUUGAUAUUGGUUAACAGUUGUUUUGAGUUCCAUACAUUAUUCAACUGAAGGAAUGCCGCCCUUGCCUUGCCAAUCCUCGCCUUUACAUCUUCACCCGAUUCUCCUUGUUCAUUGAUGAUGCUGUCGAGCUACGUGAAAGUCCACACCUCGUUCAGAGUUUAUCCAUCAAGUGUGAUUGGGUAGAUGUUUUCUGUGUUGUAUUUGUGGAUCUUGCUUUUUCGCUUGUGUAUGUUGAGGCCUACUGAUGCAGAGGCUGCUGCUACACUAUUCGUUUUGACCUGCAUUUAUCACUGUGUAUGAGAUAGAAGAGCUAGAUCAUCUGCGGAAUCCAUAUCGUCUAAUUGCAUGCAAGCUGUCCAUUGUAUUCCGUGCUUCUGCUUAAGUGGGGUCCUUAUGAUAGCUCAUUAACUAUGCAACAUUCCAUAAUUAGAUAAAAACGUGAUCAUAACAAUUUACUUUCAAGUAGAUAUUCUAUUACUUAUUUCUCAAAAUCUAUUCAGUUUUGAAUUGGUGUGAUAAUUUGUAUGUACAAAACUGGAUGUAGUCUCUUUUUCUUUAGCGAAAAUUGUAUGCGUAACUAAGCUACUAAGUCAUCUGAUUAUUGUACUAAAAAAGAUGAUGCCUUUUUUAGGAGCUUUCUCAAUAAAAUCUAAACUGUACCGAAUAAAUGUAUUGAAUUCUCAAAUAACAUAUCACAAUCAAAACUUUGUUUGCUUGCUUGCAAAAUAACACCCAUACAUGAAUGGAGAACAAUCGUUCCAGAUCCAAUGUCAACAUAACAACAAACUAUUAAUCGAUUGUGAAAAAAUUCAAAUAGUUCACUGCUUUUUGAAGUAUGUAUUGAUGACAACUUGUCUAGUUAAGCAAAGAAAGCUUCUAGCAGAAUACCGUGAAUUUAUUUUAUUUCGGUGGUUUUCGUCAGCUGCUUACAACCUAUGAUAUUUAAAAGCAUAAUUUAUUUUAUUUUAUUUAAACAAAUAAAUAUUAGUACAAGGAAGCACCAUAUAUAUAUGCGCCACACAAAUCUUACUUGAUUUAUGUGAGGGCUGUGAUACUGCUCAGGUGCCCAAACUGAAGCGAGUGGUUU